AGUGGUCUAGAGGCCAGUGGUGAGGAAGAGAUCCGUCAGAGGUAUGUCUCAAGGUUGAACAACUUGUCUUCUUCAUGGCCAGCAGGCUCUGUGAAUGCAUCAUGUCCCCAUCCUGUAAUGACCACUCAGCGGCACCACGACGAGCUGAGCAACUUACAUGUUGCCUUGAAGCUCGCUCUAGAGUCUAUCAUCGAGCGAUGGUGGACAGAUGAAGAAGCCCAGUUUCCUCGAAGAAUGCCUUUAAUGCCAGAGGAGGAAGAGCUACUGCAGUGGAUCGACUCCAACCCAGAGCUCGUUAGGCCAUGGAACGAGCAUCAAGGAUCAUGGAGACCGGAUUUUCUGAUUGAGAUUGACGAAACGGGGAUGGAAGGAUUCCGCAUUUGUGAAAUCAACGCAAGGUUUUGCUGGAAUGGAUACAUGUUUUGUGGAUUUGGUCAAGAGUCGCUUUCAAUCUUCAAUCUUGAGUCCCGUGGAUUAGUGCAUGCCACGGAAUCUGAAUUGAUCAUCGAUGGAGUAAUGAAUAUUUUUGACCCUAAAUUUCCUCUGUACCUUGUGAAAGGACAAGAGCAUGGAAUUGAUAUCUUCAUGUUUAUCGAGCUUGCCAAAAGGCAGCUUGGUAUCACUCCACGACUCAUAGCACCAGAAGCACUUCGACUUAUUCCAGAUCCUUCUGAGAAAAUGGGUCACAAGCUGUGCUGUCUCACAGAGUCGGGUGCUAUUGACACUAUUACUACCGAGUCCGGCGAAAAGAUAGAAGAAGUUUAUCAACUUUGUCUCGAGCUUCAUCAGAGCGAAUUAAAUGAACUUGAUCCGGAAAUGAGACGUCACAUCAGCAUGCGGUGCUUCAAUGAUAUGCGAAGCUGUUUGCUAGUCCACGACAAAAGAAUGCUGGGAAUUGUGCGUGAGGAGCUUGGCUCUCUGGUCUCACAAAAUAUCAUUUCCCCUGAGCAAGCCAGAUGCCUUGAUCGAGGCAUAGUGCCUACGAUUCUCCCAGGCUCUACGGCACUUGACCAAUUACUCCAGAACUGCAAGCUAUCUGAAGGAUUGCAAACGAAAUAUCUUUUAAAGCCGAUUCGGAGUGGAAAGGGGACUGGAAUCUUGUUUGGUGAUCAAAUCAGUCAUUCUGACUGGAUAGCCAUCCUGGAGUCAAUGCGAGAUCCAAAUUUCCAACUUGGAAAGACGCUUUACGUUAUUCAGCGCAACAUAGACCAACCAUACUAUGAUGUUCCCCUGGGUUCCAAGGCGGAGACCGAGCGCUGUCAUAUGGUUGGGACCUAUCAUGCAGUCAAUGGGAAGUACCUCGGAAUGGGUAUUUGGCGAUGCAGUCCCGGGCGAAUAUGUGCUGUAUCUGGCGGAGCAACAUGGUUAUGCUCCGUGAAGAAGAAGGCUGAAGUAUAA